CAUAGCAUUGCCUGCCCCACAUCCAUAGAGAUCAUGCGUUAUCGCUACCACCAUGGCACAAAUCUCGGAUCCGUCUACGUAAUUGAGCGCUGGCUUCAAAACUCUCGAUUCCCAGAAGGCGCAGAAGGCUCCAGUGAACUCUCGGCAGUCAAGGCAUGGGUAGACAGAAUCGGUAUCGCUGGGACGAAGCAAAAGUUUGAGGAGCAUUGGGCCAACAUUGUCUCCGAAGAUGACAUUGCAUGGCUUGCCGACGUAGCGAAAUGUACAACCGUUCGCCUGCCCAUUGGCUACUACGAUCUGCCCGGCCCAGUCUUUACACAGGGCACGCCCUUUGAGCCCUAUGCUGAAGUCUAUGCUGAGGCAUGGAACAGCAUUCUGACCCUGAUUCUACGGCUUAGAACGCGUUCGAUUGGGGUCUUGCUCGAUCUACAUGCUCUUCCAGGAGGUGCAAAUGCGCAAGAGCACUCUGGCACAAACAGCGGACGUGCCGAACUCUGGCCCAGUCCUGCCAACCGUGCUCUGGGACUCCGCUGCUGCCAGUUCAUUGCCGAGGAUACAAAGUUCGUCGCUGAGCUUGCUGGCCUACAAAUCGUCAACGAGGCCGAAUGGGGGUCGGAGGGCAUGUACGAGUGGUACGACGAGUGCAUAGCUGCCAUCUCCGCUAUUAAUCCCGAGAUGCCUAUUGUCGUCUCUGAUGGCUGGGACCUUGGAAGAGCCACCGAAUGGGCUCUCCAGAAGAACAGCGUGUAUGCUCACCCGCUAUGUCCAGUGGUAGUCGAUACGCACUCCUAUUGGGCCUUUUCAGACGAGGACAAAGCCAAGUCACCACAGCAAAUCAUUACGGAAGCUGGCACCAAGUUGAGAGAACUAAACAGCAAAGAAGGACCCAUCCAUGAGCGCGGCGCUGUCCAGGUCAUUGUUGGCGAGUACUCGUGCGUCAUGACCGAGGACUCGUGGGCCAAGAGGGGUGACAUGCCAAGAGAAGAGCUGGUGAAACAUUUUGGCCAAGUGCAAAGCAAAAGGUACCAGGAGCGAGCUGGCGGUAGCUUCUUUUGGACCUUGAAAAUGGACUGGAUGCCGGGCGGUGAAUGGGGAUUCCAGGCCAUGACAGAAUAUGGGAGCGUCGUGCCGCCAGACUACAGGACCAUAUCUGCUAAUGAUAAGCGUGCCAUGAUUGAACAUGCUCUAAGCGUAAAGGAAGAUCGCUGGGGUUUAGCCUUCCAUCAGCAUGUACUCUAUUGUAGCGGGCUAGACCCGGACGGCCGCUACGAGUACGUAAAAUUCUGGUAUGGUUGGCAGCUCGGGUAUCAAGAUGCGCUUGAGUUUUUCAAGCGCGGGGACAGGAUUGGCAUGCUCGAAUUGUGGUUUCUGAAGCGUAUUCGAGAGAGCGGAUAUAGGGGUGGCUUUACCUGGCUCUUUGAGCAGGGACUAAGGAGAGGUGUGCAAGACUGCUACGCCGUGUUCCGCAUCUGAGGCACGGUGCACGCACGCACUGCAUGAUCUAUAUUCACUACCAAUUGCCUUGACCUAGCCAGAUUAGAUCACGCAGCAAACAAUAUUACGAUG